AUGAAGUGUUUGUGUUUGAUCGCGUUUCUAGCAAUUGUGAUCACACAAAGCUAUAACGAUCUAGGAGUAGAAGCAGCGUCGAGUGAUGGUUUCGUGAGUAGGAAGGGCGUCCAGUUUAUUCUCAACGGGAAACCAUUUUACGCCAAUGGAUUCAAUGCCUACUGGCUCACGUACGAAGCCACCGACCCGGCCACAAGGUUUAAAAUCACCUACGCCCUUCAAAACGCGACCAGUCACGGUCUGACCGUCGCACGUACUUGGGGUUUUCGAGAUGGCGGUUACCGUGCUCUCCAAACCGCCCCUGGUUCCUACGAUGAACUAACGUUUAAGGGUUUGGAUUUUGCGAUAGCCGAAGCAAAAAGACUGGGUAUAAAAAUGAUAAUCACCUUUAUCAAUAACUAUUCUGACUUCGGAGGAAGGAAACAAUACGUGGAUUGGGCUAAAAGUCGAGGCCAAGCCGUGAAUUCAGAAGAUGAUUUCUACACAAACCCUCUUGUUAAACAGUUCUACAAGAACCAUAUCAAGACUAUGGUGAACAGAGUGAAUACAUUCACCAAAAUUGCAUACAAAGAUGAACCAGCCAUUAUGGCUUGGGAGCUCAUGAACGAGCCACAAUGCAAAGCAGAUCCAAGUGGAAAAACCCUAACGGCUUGGAUUGGUGAAAUGGCUACUUACGUAAAAUCACUUGAUUCAAAACAUCUCCUUACUACUGGUCUUGAAGGCUUUUAUGGUGACUCAUCUCCUCAAAGAAAGACCUCUUUAAAUCCGGUUGCAGCCAACGUUCUUGGAACCGAUUUCAUCGCUAAUCACAAAUUUGACGCCAUUGAUUUCGCAUCGAUACACUCUUACCCUGACUUAUGGUUUCCAAACCUAAAUGAGACAUCUCGAUUGGACUUUUUAAGAAAAUGGCUUGAAGGCCACAUGGAAGAUGCUCAAAACAUUCUUAAAAAGCCUCUAAUCCUAGGAGAAUUCGGGAAACCAUCGAAUACACCAGGCUAUACUCUAGCUAAGAGGGAUGCCGUUUUCAGUGCAACGUUCGACACCAUUUACGCGUCUGCGAAAAAAGGCGGUCCAAUCGCAGGAGCAUUGUUUUGGCACCUUAUUAACGAUGGUAUGAACAAUUUUAAAGAUGCCCUCUCCAUUGUACUUAGUGACCACACCUCGACGGUUAAGAUUAUUGGUCAUCAGUCACGAAAGUUGGGUUUGAUUGGUGGAAAGGGAAAAUCAAGAAUUAAAAUUUAG